GGGCGGCGGCGGCUCAUCCUCCCAGAGGGCGAUGUGGCCGGCCGGCGCGGGCACCAAGCUGCCCUGUCCCCGGGACUCUGCGCUCCGGCGGGCGGCGUUCUCCGGGAACCUCACCGCCCUGCCUUCUCACCUCGUGCCCGCCGGGCGCAGCGUCCGGGUCUUCAUCAGCGCCAACCCCGAAGACACAGGAGCAGAAAGACAGGCACUGAAAGAAAAUGUGUAUCCUAAAUUGCGAGAAUUCUGCAGAGAAAACUAUGGAUUAGAAUUCCAGGUCAUAGAUCUGUACUGGGGAGUCGAUGAAGCGGAAUGGGACAGCCCAGAGCUCCAGAAGACCCGCAUGAAGCUGCUGGAGGAUUGUUUGAAAACUUCUGCAGGUCCAUGUUUUGUUGGACUGUUAGGUGAAAAAUACGGAAACAUCCGAAUCCCUGGAGAAGUUGAAGCCUCGGAGUUUGAAAUGAUUUUGGAUGCUGCCAUCGAGGCAAAGCUGGAGACCAAAUUACUGGAAGAGUGGUACUGUCGAGAUGAGAACUCGGUGCCAGCAGCUUAUUACCUCAGACCCAAGUCAGAACUGCUGAAAAGCAAUAAAAAUGCAAUGCAGUCUUCUGCCAAUGCUGAGAAUGAAAAGAACUGGCAAGAGAUAUCAGAUGAGAUCAAGAAGAUUUUUAAGGCUUCUGUAAAACUGUUACAUGAAAAGGGGAAAAUGAAACACAGUCAAGCUAAGAGGUACCUGUUCUCAGCUAUAGAGGAUGAGUUUGACUUCGCUCUAGGAAAACAGACUCCAGCAUUCCUAAAGAAGUGUGUGUGCUACAUUCGGAAAAUUGCUAACAUUGAGCGAUUUGUGAAAAUCCCAGAGAUGGGAAAAUACAUGGAUAUAACCGGAACAGAACCGAGGAUUAUUCGGGACCCAGAAGCCCAAGAGAAGCUGAUAAAACUCAGGGAUGAAUUUAUUCCUACUAUUGUUGCUUCAUCUAAUCUGAGAGUAUACACAUCAGUUACUCAUUGUGACAUGAAAUUGGGCUAUUCCCAAGAAAUAGAAAAUCAUUACAUAGAAGGACUCGGUAAACAGUUUUAUGAGGACAUGAUUGAUAUAAUUCAGGCAACAGUACAGCAGAAUUUUGACACUGAAACUGAUACACUCUACGACGAGAUCCUUCAGCAUUCGUCAUUAUGUAAAACAUAUGCUUCCUUCUAUGAGUACAAAUGCGAAUCUCUAAACAUAGUGCAUAAAUACAUUCUUCCGAGCAAAACUGGACACAUCAACCCUCUUGUUAUAUAUGGUGGACCAUGCACUGGGAAGACCCUUUUGCUUGCUGAAGUAGCAAAGAAGGCUUAUGGCUGGCUACAGGAAGACACAGGGCCAGAAUCAGACCCCGUCAUCGUGGUGAGAUUUCUAGGGACCACAGACAUGAGCACUGACCUCAGGACCCUCCUUCUAAGUGUAUGCGAACAAUUGGCAGUUAACUACCGGUGUCUGGUUCAGAGCUACCCUAAGAAGAUCCAUGACCUCCGUGACUUAUUUAUAAACCUUUUGAACGAGUCUUCAUUGCAGAGACCUCUAGUAAUAAUAUUCGACUCUCUGGAACAACUCUCAGAGAACGAUGAGGCCAGGAAGCUCUGGUGGCUCCCGGCUCACCUUCCCCGCUGCGUUCGGAUAGUCCUCUCCACACUGCCCAACAAAUAUGGAAUCCUGCAGAAACUCAGGUGCCUUAUCCAUGAGGAAGACAACUACAUCGAGUUGAUUCCCCGGGACAGGAAGAUGUGCAGCCAGGUGCUCAAACACCAGCUGCUGCGGGUCAAAAGGAAGGUCACCUCGGGCCAGCAGAUUUAUGUAAACAAUGCAUUCUCCAAGUGCACACUACCGAUGUUUGUGAACCUGACCUUCAGGGAGGUGAGACACUGGCGAUCUCACAAAGACGUGGAUGAAUCGUCCCUCUGUGUCACUGUUCAUGAAAGCAUAGAGCAGCUCUUCUGGUCCUUGGAGAAGAAGUGUGGUCAGAAACUGGUGUCCAGGGCUCUUGGUUACAUCACCAUGGCCAAAAUGGGCUUAAGUGAAAUGGAACUGGAGGACGUGCUAGCCCUAGACAACAGUGUUAUGAAUGAGCUCCAUGAGCACGCCAGGCCCAGCAACCCCCUGAGAGUACCUUAUUUGUACAUGGCAAGGCUCAAGGAGGGGCUCAGUGGAUACUUAAUAGAAAGACAUGUGAAGAAUGUCACGCUGCUGGUUUGGGCCAACAGACACCUGCAUCUUAUAGCCCAGAAGCUGUAUCUGCAGGAUGAGAAAGCCCUGCGUGAAAUGCAUACCAUCCUGGCAGACUAUUUUCUGGGUGUCUGGUCGGGUGGUCGGAGGAAAGCUUUCUGUCUUGAAGACCCCUUCUUGAAUGGCUGUCUGGACUUGGAGAACAGAAGCUUGCUUGAUGAAGAAAAGCAUUUCAUGGAACAGGCUUCCUUUGACAGGCAGUCUCCAGACCAGCCCUGGGUAUUCCAGUGUAAUCCCCUGGAGCCUGAUAUCUUUUUCGUCAAUCAUCGGAAAAUGUCUGAGCUCUUGCAUCACCUGACCAGGUGUGGGAAAACUGAUGACCUGCUUUAUGGCAUCAUCAUGAACUUCAGCUGGCUUUACACCAUGAUCAAAAUUGGCCAGUUCGACAAGGUAAUCUCAGACAUCGAGCUGGCUUACAACUACUCGCAAGAGAAGGAGCUGAAGUUCCUGGGGAGCACCCUCCGCAGCAUCAAAAACAAGGUCAUUGAAUUUCCUGGCUCUCUUUCGGCAGAGCUUCAGCAAAGACUGCUGCCCGUUGUGAGUUCGCUGCCCAAACUGAGGCAUCUUCUUUUAGAAUGUGACAAAGACGGGCCCAAAUAUUGCUCUAUCGUGCCAUUACAUUCAUCCAUGGACGUCACGUACAGCCCGGAGCGCCUUCCCUUGUCAUCUAGCCACCUGCACGUCACUGAGAUUCUGCCCACCUGUAACCCCAGUACUGUUCUCACUGCUUUAGAAAACGGCUCCAUCAGCACAUGGGAUGUGGAAACCCGUCAACUACUCAGGCAAAUCACCACAGCCCAGUCUGUCAUCCUGGGCAUGAAACUCAGCAGUGACGAAAAGUAUCUUGUAGUGGCUACGACAAAUAACACCUUGUUGAUUUAUGACAAUGUCAAUUCUUGUCUCCUAUCCGAAGUGGAAAUCAAAGGAACCAAGCAUGGAAGCAGCUCCACCUACAUCAAUGGGUUUACACUGUCUGUCAACCACGCCCUGGCCUGGCUGGAAGCCAGCAAAGACGUCACUGUCAUUGACCUGCUGUACGGCUGGCCCCUUUACCAGUUCCACUGCUGGUAUGAAGUGACCUGUGUCCAGUGCUCUCUGGAUGGCGCGUAUGCUUUCUGUGGCCAGUACCUGAACACCACCACCAUAUUCCACUUGGGGAGUGGAGAAAAGAUAUGUACGGUGACAUCCGAAUUUUCAGGGGGGUUUGUGAAGUUUCUUCUCAUCUUGGACACAGCUCAAGAAAUGGUGAUGGUAGACAGUGAGGGAAGUCUCUCUGUUUGGAAUACCGAGGACAUAGCCAGCCCCCAGCUGACGGAUGACUUCGACUGCCGCAGAGAAGACAGUGAGGUGGUCAGCAUUGAACUUUCAGAGGACCAAAGUGCCAUUCUGAUCUGUAAAGCCCUUGGCAUCGAGCUCCUGGACACUGGGCUGUGGAAGGUGGCUGAAAAGUUCAGAGCUAAGCACAAUGAACGCUUUAUAUCUGCCGUGCUGUCCAAAAAUGGAGACUGCAUCAUUGCAACCAUGGAAAAUACCUCAGCCGUGUUUUUUUGGAGACGGGACACAGGACAAUGUAUGGCAAGUUUACAGGAAAUCUCAGGUUCCAUAGUUAAGUUGGUGAGAUCCAGUCACCACAAUAUGCUCCUGUCUUUAUCAACCAGUGGUGUUCUUUCUAUCUGGGACAUCGAUAUCAUCACAGCCAUGUCCAACAUAGAUAAGACUGGAAAACCCAUCCAGAGUCUGGUGUUACCCGCCAGAGGGGAAAUCAUUUACUCCCUCGAUGGCUCUGAUUGCGUUCAUAAAUGGAACUUCAGCAGUGGGUUCAUCGAAGCGGUAUUUAAGCAUGAAGGGAUAGUCGAGCACUGUGUGCUGACAUCCUCUGGAGACAUAAUGGUGACAUCAGAUGACAAAAGCAGCCAGUACGUCUGGCACACCAACAGCGGUGAAAACCUCUUCCGAAUUAAUGGGCAGAGAAUAUCUCAGCUGCUGAUCACACACAACGACCAGUUUGUGGUCUCUCUCUGUGAGGAAAAUGCCUCCAGGGUUUGGAGACUGGCCACCGGCCACCGGGUCUGCAACAUUCUGACCACUUUGCAGAACGCCUUCAUCACCUCUGCAAAUACCUUCGUGGUGGGAAUGACCAAAAGCAAAGUGCUGGCAGUCAGCCUUUGGACAGGAAGCAUCACCAAGAAAUUUUGCUGUGAAGAUGGCACCACCAUCGUGAAUUUCAAACUGAUCCCUGACUGUCCUGACAUCAUCGUGUUUAUCACGUCGGCUGAGACAGUGAAUAUCUGGAGUCUGACAGAUGAAGUCAUCUGUCGCCGUGUGCAGCUUCCAAGCAACUUCUUGAAAAAUCUAGAGGAUUUUGAAAUUUCUCCCAAUGGAAAGCUUGGCAUUAUAUCCAGGGGAGAUGAAAAUAUCAACGUGCUGGACUUACACAGUGGUAAAUUACGGGUAGUCCAUGCCUCUGGGGUCAUCUGGCGGCAGAGGCUGUCUCGAGAUGGUCGCUACCUGGUGUACAUUUGCUUCCGGAACGGAGAAGAGGAUGAAAAUGGAGUCACAUCUAGUUUAAUUGUCAUGAGACUGGCCGAUGGCAAAAAUAUCGGUGCUUGUUCCCUUUAUAAAACACCAACUUUUCUGGCUCUCUCACAGAGGCACCUGAACAUCAUUGUGGGCUUUGAUGAUGGGAGUAUAGGGAUAUACACAGUGGUGGACCGUGUAGAUGCUGCACUGAAAAUUAAAAUCGCCACCUCAAACAGCAGACAAAUUUUCAACAAUGCGACACAGUCAUCCAGGCCAAAGUGCAGUAGUUAUAAUUUUAAGGUGUCUGUAGACUGUUUAUGGAGGGAGUCCACGGAGGUCUUUGCAAGAGAUAGUCCUAUCACAGUAAGUGACUCCACUGAGCCCAGUGAAGCUGCGCCCUCCAAGAAACACAAUUCUUGCUAUGACCGAAUGUGCUCGGCCCUAGAGUCCAGGAGCCACAGCUACGCCCCUGACAAUUGACAAAAUAUUUAUCCACCUGAACAUCAUUGUGGGCUCAAUGAAAACACACGGACAUAUGCACACGCGCACGCGCGCGCGCGCGCACACACACACACACACACACAGAGACACAUCUGUAUCCCAAAUGAUAAACUAUUUCUUAAAAGACAGGAAAGCUGUUGAAGUUCUGAUGUUAAUUAUUGACAUGCUUGCUCAUAAAAUGUACAGAAAUGUGAAACUAGUUUUGAGUUUGGUCUUUUUGUUGAAGUUUAUCUGGUAAUGAAGUCUUGACUGGGAAUUUCUAGAAACUGUAUUUAGGUAGUUACUUCACCUGGAAGUAAAAGGAUAGUUUUAAUAUUAGCUGUGUGGGAAGAAGCAACAUAACUCAUCCCAUUGGUUCAGGGAAGCAUGGCUAGAGUUAUGUUCAGACCGUUUGGACUGGAAUUAAUUCUAUUGAAAUUGUGAACACAAAGAGCUGCUUGACUUCAGAUGAUUGUGUGGCCAUAAGUAAACACAGCCUUAAUCUCUUCUUACAUUUUACAAUCCUGACAACUGUGUAAACCCAGUCUGCACAUUGAAGGUCUAAAGGUGCAUAAUAAUGUGACAAAAAUGCCCAGAUGUCCUCCUGGUUUCCCAAGAGAAAGGACAUGAAAUGUGAGGCCAUGCACUGGACUGGGCCAAGGACUACCUACCCCCAUCUUAGGGCUACUGAACACACAGUCAGUCUUCAUUAACAUCCAGUGUGACAAUUGCAUGCAAGGUUUUCUGUAUAACAGAACGUAUGAUUUCUACACUAUUUCCUGGGCUGCAAAAGAACACAUUUAAUAAAAAACCAUAAUCUAUUCAUGUCUUUCCAAAAUGCCUAUUUGUGCUGGUGUAAAGAAUAAUUACAGAAAGGGCAUUACAAUUUUGGUCAAAACACCUGUUCAUUUCCAUCAUUGUACUAACAGAAGUCUGUGCUAUUCAGUCAGUGGUAUGGAAGCAUAAAUUAUUCCAAAAUUCCUUCAGUAAAUCUUAAUAGAAAGAAAGCUUUCUUGAGAUGCCAUCUAAGAAAUACUGAUGACAUUUGCCUUACUCUCAUUUGUCCUCUCCUGUGCAAAACGCAGAUAGCUGACCAAAUACUCUGGGACAAACUAAAUAUGCCUGUCUUUGUGCUAAAAUAUUCCAUAAAUCUUAAGGGUGUCCAAAGGUUCUUUACCGUCCCCGUUUGUAAUCACUUUCUUACUUCUAUACACUGUCCGUAUGCUUCUGUCUCUGUUACAGUUCCUGGUUAAAGACUCUUUGGAGCCUCUUACGGUCUUAUCUGUUUCAAAGCAGAAGCUAUGAAAUGGUAGUAACCAUUUUUUUAAAACUACUUCACCUAUUAAAAAAAAAAAUUACAUCCUGAGAAAGAAAAGUGAUCUUCUUCCUUCUGUAUCCUCCAUAUGGCAAGUCAUUGGAUAACUCUCCAAAGGUUGUCAGUAGUGGUUAGUUUGGCUUUAUUUGAAAGUGGCAGUCGUGACUUGAGUAGGCAAAAUAAUGAACAAGGAAAUGAUUUGCUUUUGGUCCAGCUCUGCCAUGAACCCAUCACAAAUCCAUAGAUAGAUCUUUAUCCUCCCCAGUGUAUUGUUUUUGUAAAUUACAAAAUAAAGGUAGUGAUAGCAUCUGCUAUAGCCUUUGUAGGGACAUGGAGGAGCAAUGUGAGAAAAAAUACAACCUUUUAAUUGGAAUUGGUGAUGCUAAUGGGAGAAACAGUGAUCUCACUCAUAGGAAAUCCAUGUUAAUUAUACUUUAGAUACAGUUUGACAUGGAAGCAUUCAAAGAUAUAAUUCAGAUGUAAAAACACUGUACUCCAUGAUGAAAGACUUUUCCACUAACUUCCUCCUGGCCCAGGCCACUACAGAUCAGCUAAAGUUGAUCGUACAAGUCAAUGCUUUGUCAACUCUUCAGAGGCAACCCAUUCUUAUUCCUGUCAUUAUCAGUGGAAUCUCCAUGCCACACAUUUCUAAGAAUUAAAUGCCUAGAUGAAUUAAAUGUAGUGUGUGAAUGUUCUAUGUAAAAGCCAAUAGAAUUUAACAAGUGACUUGAAUGAUUUUUUUCCUAAAUUGUUUGCAACUGAUAGCUCAUAUUGAAUGUUUUUAUGUAAACUUUGUAUUGUUGGGAAGAAUUACCCAAUCAGAGAUUUAUAUUUUCAUAAAUGUUACAUUUAGUUAAAUUUUGUUACAGAGUUGUUACACUAGACAAUUAUGCAGUCUUAAAGCAAUGUACAGUCUUGUGGAUGUAUUGUUUGUAUGAAUAAAAGAUAAACUACUUAGAUUUGUGUGAUGU